AUGCCUAAUAAUUUGCAACUCUUUUUCCAAGAUUUACAACAAAGAGGAAUAGUGGCUAAUGUGGCUAAUCUAGAUAAUUUUUACCAACUGGAACUUGAACCAAAAAAAAAGGUGGUUUAUUUGGGGAUAGAUUGCACGGGAGAAAGACUUCAUAUCGGACAUUUAUUUUUACUCAUUCAGACUAUUCGCUUUGCCAAAGAAGGUUUUCAAAUUCUCCUGGUUUUAGGCGGAGCUACCAGUAAAAUCGGCGACCCAAGUGAUAAAAAUGAGGAGCGACCGCUACUAGAGGUUGAAAAAAUUGAGAAUUAUCAGGCCAAAAUAAAAGCACAAAUAGAAAGAAUAUUAAUUAAGCCCAAAAAAAGAGAAAAAAAUGACCUUGCCCCUCUCGAACAAUUUUACGCUGACAACCCAAAAUUACUAAAUGAUAUUUAUCAAAUAUUAAAAAAAAUGAAUUUUAUUGAUUUUUUACGGCAAACCGGCAAAUAUUUGACUAUUGCUUAUUUAUCCAGCAAAGAGACCGUAAAAAAAAGAAUAAAUACCGGACUUUCUUUUUUAGAAUUUAGUUAUCCGCUUAUCCAGGCUUAUGAUUUUUAUUAUUUAUACAAAAAUUAUAAUUGUCAUGGACAGUUAGGGGGCAGCGACCAGUGGGGAAAUUUGACUACCGGUUUAAAAUUAAUUAAGAGUUUUUACCCAGAGAACCAAACUUUUGCUUUCAAUUUUCCGCUGCUGGCUGAUUCUAGUGGCAAAAAAAUCUCCAAAAGCGAAAGCGGCAAAAAGAUAUUAUGGCUAAAUAGCGAACCCAAAGCAUUUUUCGAUUUUUUUCGUAAUAUGCCGGACGAGCAGGCCGAAAUUUACAUAAAGCAAUUUACUUUUUUGAACGAAAAACAAAUUAAUGACAAAUAG